AUUUGUAUAUCACUGUCAGCAACGGUCUAUCCACGAUGUCACCGCCAUGUCAUAGGCUCUCUAUUAAACCUCAUCCUGGACUGCAUCGUGUGUUUUGCGUUUAUCUGACCCGCGACUAAUCAAAACUCGCCCCUCAACGCCACAUCAUACCAUGGAGGCGACGUCUCCGCGAAGGGUACGUUUGGCGUGCGACUCAUGCCACAACAUGAAGAUGAAAUGCUCGGGAGGACAACCCUGUCUGACCUGUACACGAUAUAAACACACAUGUGUCUACAGUGCCCCGCAUCGCAUCGGGCGACCGCGAGGCUCUAAAAACAAGGCGGCUCCGUCGCCGUCAACAAAGGAUAUCUCGUCUUCUGCAGGACUCUCUGGGAAUGGGGGGAAGGCCGAAGCAUGGUACUACGAUCAGUCGCACUCACCGAUCCUUGGAGAGGAGAAUCUUGCCCACGCAUUAAUGCCUCCGGUCGAUGAAGUCAUCUUUAGAGCUCCUCUCGCGAACCUUCCCGAUUAUGAUGCUCAUUGUAAUGCUCAAGUACCAAGUGUACCUUUCAGUUGGGCACAAUCCUGCUUGAAUGACGCCGUGUCGAACGGUUCUUCCGCCGUCUCGGGUCUUUCGGAAGAGCUCUACUCGCUAUCCUCAGCUCAUCCGCCAACCUCAUCGCACCAACUCUCGCAAAUUGCUCCCGACGCGCCUGUCUCCACAUUGAAUACUAGUCUCCUGAGUCAAAACUGCAACUGUGUUGGCGUACAAGCAGAGGCUCUGUCGAGCCUCCGCAAGAAAGAAGCCGAUCCAUAUCCCAUAGCAUUCCCGAUUGUGCUUGACGCGACGCAGGAAAUCCAGGCGCGAUGGGAAGCACUACUCUCCUGCGCUAUUUGUCGCAUGGAUAGCGACCAUGUGGCGCUCCUUCUGCUUGCUAUGAGUCUGCGGCUGGUGCUUCGCUGGCUGCAGCUGGUUAUCCACGAGCGCGUCUCCUUGUCUCGCGAGCUUUCUGUUGCGUCCCACAGCCGUCAACCUUCUCGUGGCUCAACCACUUCGGGCAUGAGUGACGCGCCCACCUCCAAUGUCGAUGGAUACCAACGAGGCUCCACGCGUAGCCCAUUCAACAGCAGGUCGCACUCAAGAUCUAGCAAUAUCUUUUCAGACCGCAUCCGAAUCGGAAACUACGAGCUGCCCAAGGAGGAGCACGAUUUCAUGAUGAAUAUGCUCACCAGUCGCACGCUCGGAAGACUGAAGCAGACUCACGUCGGCAUCGCGACCUACUUCCAACAGUCUCAGAGUGGCUUGAAUUACUCCCUGACGGGCGAGAAGAAGUCUAUUCACCUCGUCCUUGAUCAUUUGAGACAUUCCAUUGAGACGACCGAGCAUUUGGUGCAGAAGGCUGUGCAAUAGAUUCCGGGUCUAGGACCCUUUGACUCCAUUACCAGGCUGUUUUCGCAUCGCUUUUUUUCUUCAUUUGUAACCGCUGGCUGUUGCUUGACGUUGUUGUUGAAUCUGUUGUCUCUGGUUAUCGGGUCUUUGUGUCGUCAGCCUCGCCUUCCCGAGGGCCCAUGUUUCGAGUUCUAACUGACUUGGACUGAAUCAGGACAGUCAACUGUGCUCAUGGCCUUCAUGUCACACUUGAUCUUGGCACGCG